UCCCCAUCUCGCCCUCUGGCGGCUUCGGAUGGCCGACCGGCCUGCCGACUUGGCGUGACUAUGGGCCUGUUCCAAGGUGGUCACUGACUGCCCCCACGAGGGGACCGGAGGGGGUUCCAAAUGGGCGAGGAGGGGACGGAGGGCACCGUGCAUCUGCUCUGCCUCGCGGCCUCCAGCGGAGUCCCCUUGUUCUGCAGAAGCAGCCGCGGCGGCGCCCCCGCCCGCCAGCAGCUCCCGUUCUCGGUCAUCGGCUCUCUCAAUGGCGUACACAUGUUUGGGCAGAAUCUCGAGGUGCAGCUGAGCUCUGCAAGGACCGAGGACACGACCGUGGUGUGGAAAAACUUCCAUGACAGCAUCACCCUCAUUGUUCUGUCAUCUGAGGAGGGCACCUCGGAGCUGAGGCUGGAGAGGCUACUCCAGAUGGUGUUUGGGGCCAUGGUUCUUCUUGUGGGGCUUGAAGAACUGACCAAUAUCCGCAACGUGGAGAGGCUGAAGAAGGAGUUGAGGGCCAGUUACCGCCUCGUUGACAGUUUCCUGGGGGACUCUGAGCGCAUCGGGGACCUGACCCAGUGUGUGGACUGUGUGGUUCCUCCAGAGGUGUCUCUCCUGCAGGAAGCCCUCUCCGGGUUCGCUGAGGCAGCAGGCACGGCCUUUGGCAGCCUGGUCGUGUCGGGCCGGGUGGUCGCAGCAACAGAGAGCUGGUGGCGGCUGGGGACGCCGGAGGCCGUGCUGCUCCCCUGGCUGGUGGGGUCCUUGCCGCCUCAGGCCGCUCGCGACUACCCGGUGUACCUGCCGCACGGGAGUCCCACGGUCCCGCACCGGCUUCUGACCCUGACGCUGCUGCCGGGCUUGGAGCUGUGUCUGCUCUGCGGGCCGCGCCCUCCCCUCAGCCAGCUGGAUCCACAGCUUCUGGACCGCUGGUGGCAGCCAGUGCUAGACCCGCUGCGGACCUGCGUGCCGCUGGGACCCCGAGCGCUGCCCGCUGGCUUCCCCCUGCACGUGGACGUCCUCGGGCUGCUGCUCCUCCACCUGGAAUUGAAACGUUGCCUCUUCACCGUGGAGCCCUCUGGGGAUCAAGAGCCUUCUCCUGAGCAGCGCAGGCGCCUCCUCCGCUCCUUCUACUCGUUGGUCACCGCCACGCACUUCCCACCAGUACAGAUGAGGAAACAGGCUCAGCUGAUAAGCAGCAGAGAGCCAGCGUUCACACAGAGGCAGCCUGGUUCCCAUACCCACACGCACCACUGA